UCUACCCUCCAAUACACUCUUUAUAAACCUAACAAUCUCUCCUCCUUUUCCUCUCAUUAUACCUUCUACCCUUCUCUUAUCAUAUUUUCUUGUGUCAAAAGAAAUUUCAGUUCCUCUUCUUCAUCUAAAAUAAUCAUGUCUUGCUACAAGGGAAAGUACGCUGAUGAAUUGAUUGCCAAUGCUGCCUACAUUGGUACCCCUGGAAAGGGUAUCCUUGCUGCUGAUGAAUCCACCGGUACCAUCGGAAAACGUCUAUCAAGCAUCAAUGUUGAGAACGUUGAGUCCAACAGACGUGCUCUUCGUGAGCUUCUUUUCUGCACCCCUGGAUGUCUUCAAUACCUAAGUGGUGUCAUCCUUUUUGAAGAGACUCUAUACCAAAAGACUGCUGCUGGUAAGAUGUUCGUUGAUGUCAUGAAGGAAGGUGGUGUUCUUCCAGGUAUCAAGGUUGACAAGGGUACCGUUGAACUUGCCGGAACCAACGGUGAGACCACCACUCAGGGUCUUGAUGGCCUUGCCCAGCGAUGUGCUACAUACUACGCAGCUGGUGCUAGAUUUGCCAAGUGGCGUGCUGUUCUAAAGAUCGGCCCCAACGAGCCAUCACAAUUGGCCAUCAACGAGAAUGCUAAUGGUUUGGCCAGAUAUGCCAUCAUCUGCCAAGAGAAUGGUUUGGUGCCAAUUGUUGAGCCUGAAAUUUUGGUUGAUGGAACACACGACAUUGACCGAUGUGCUGAUGUUACCGAGAGAGUUCUUGCAGCUUGCUACAAGGCUUUGAACGACCACAAGGUUCUUCUUGAGGGAACUCUAUUGAAGCCCAACAUGGUUACCCCAGGUUCUGAAGCCAAGAAGGUUGCUCCAGAAGUGAUUGCUGAGUACACUGUCCGUGCUCUUCAGAGGACCAUGCCCCCAGCUGUUCCAGCUGUUGUUUUCUUGUCAGGUGGACAAAGUGAGGAGGAAGCAACCAGAAACCUUAAUGCAAUGAACCAGCUAAAGGCCAAGAAGCCAUGGUCACUAUCUUUCUCCUUCGGCCGUGCUCUUCAACAGAGUACCCUCAAGGCCUGGUCAGGAAAGGAUGAGAACAUUGAGAAGGCACAAGCAGCUUUCCUCGCAAGGUGCAAGGCCAACUCCGAAGCUACUUUGGGUACCUACAAGGGUGAUGCUCCAGUUGGAGAAGGUGCUGCAGAGAGCCUUCACGUUAAGGGAUACACUUACUAAUCAAUCAACUAGACGAGGUUGUGGUUUCUUUCUGAAAAUCUUGUCCUUUUAUUCUGAUUUUAGUUUGCUAUUUUGAUGUGUUAAAAGAACAUGGUAUAGUGGGGAAUCAAGAUGAAGUAUCUCUUCUCUUUGGAUUUUUAGAGUUUAGUGGUUUUUAUUUAGAGUGAGUGAUGAAGAAACGGAUGCUGUUGCAAAUAAUUUACGGGAGUUUCAUGACACACAAUGCUGAGUUUGAGAAAUGUGUCACUGCAUUCUCCCUUUGAACUUUGUCUUUCAAAUUUAUGCUUUCUUGUUCAUGUUAAAUUUCUUUAGCUCUUUGAGCAAAUAUUUACGGGGCUUUUUAAAGUUUUCCCAUUUGAGGCAAA